AUGCAGGCUAUUCUGUUGUGUUGCAGCAUCCUGCCAUUGCAACUAUUUGUUUUUAUUCACUCUUUGCCGCUUUACGAACUCAAGUUUCAGCAACAGGAAGGGGCUCACAGCCACCAAAAUGUGGGUCAGAAGAAGAGGGAAAGGCAUGAACAGGCAACGCUAAAUGACAAACAUAAUUUGAUGUCAUUAGUGUUGCCCAGUAAUGACACAGAGUGGAAGAGGCCUCGCUGUGGUGUACCAGAUUAUCAUACAUUGUUGAGAGUAGAUCUGUCGUACUACAGCAUGAAGAAAAAAAAGAAACAAGGAGAGAGCUGGCAACAGCGCAGGAAACGUUAUGCCCUUUUUGGAGGGCGCUGGGAAAAGACAGACCUCACAUACAGGAUUGUCCGUUUCCCCUGGCAGAUGACUGAAACUAAAGUGCGUCAUGUUUUGGACCAGGCCUUCAGAAUCUGGGCCGCAGUGACACCUUUAACUUUUACUGAAGUCAAGUCAGAGAAAGCAGACAUUAUCAUUGACUUCAACAGAUACUGGCAUGGUGACAGUCUGCCCUUUGACGGUCCUGGGGGGAUCCUUGCCCACGCCUUUUUCCCACGAACACACAGAGCGGGAGAGGUCCAUUUUGAUUAUGAUGAGCACUGGACUGUGGGUAAUGAUGUAGGAACUGAUCUCCUUCAAGUGGCAGCGCAUGAGUUUGGCCAUGUCCUGGGACUACAGCACUCGCUUGAACCAGACGCUGUGAUGUGCCCAUUCUACAGUGAUUCAUACCCUCUGCAGCUCAGUGAGGACGACAAGAGAGGAAUCCAGUUUCUGUACGGCCCCCCGACGCACACAACACUGGACAUCACAGAAACCAAUGAAGUUGAAAUAGGAAUGCCGGACGCCUGCCAAACCAACUAUGAUGCUGUGUCAAUGAUCCGAGGAGAGCUCUUCUUCUUUAAAUCCCAGUAUGUAUGGCGCAUUCGGGGUGGGCAACUUGAGGCAGGUUACCCGGCUUUGGCCUCCCGCCACUGGAGAGGUAUCCCUGACUACAUUGAUGCUGUCUAUGAGGACAAAUUGGGAAACAUCUGGUUCUUCCAAGGUGAGAAUUACUGGGUGUUUGAUGCAGAGAGGAGGAUAACUGGGCCAGAUUCCGUGUUGAGGCUGGGUCUGCCAGUAUCUGACAUCCAAGCAGCUUUAAAAUGGGAUGUGGGCAACGAACAAAAAGUCUUUCUCUUCAAGUCCUUGUCCUACUGGUCCUUCAGUCCUCUGGAGAAUCGAGUUGACGAUGUAUAUCCACAGGUCAUGCCUGAAUGGAGUGGCCUACCUAAACAUAUCGAUGCAGCAUUUCAAGACAGAUAUGGAUAUGCCAAUUUCCUUAGCGGGACGCAGUACUGGAAGUUUGACCCAGUAGCGCGGAGGGUGUUAGAUGGCUACCCUCGACAAAUUGAACCCAUCAAAGUGUUGGUGUGA